AUGGAUAAGGCGCUGGUCUACGGAACCAGAGAUUCUGGGUUCGAUCCCCAGUGGAGUCGGUGCUUUUGCCCUCAAUCAGUCUUCUCCUCGCGGUCCCAACCUCCUCCUGUCUUUUCACCCACCUCUCGCAUCCAUUACACUUCUCUCCGCGUGGCAUCUGCAAUGCUCGCUCUGCGACCUCUGCCUUCUCUGCGCGUCGCUUCUCUCUCGCCCAGCCUUCUCCUCUUGCGGCCGUCCCGCGCGCUCGCUCAUGCAUCGCGGUACCCGGGGAGGGCGGAGCCCUGUCCUGUUGCGCGCAGUAGGCGGAGAGAUGGAGCGCGCCACGCGGAAAGUCGCCCCAUACCGCGCCUCGCUAUGAGCGCGGCGCCAAUUGCGGCAGCCCUUGGAGCCACAGACGAGAAAGAAAAUGAGCCGUUGGAUCCUGUUACAGACUCCGAGAAGGAGGCCCCUGAACCGCCAGAUGCGCCACUUGCUGCUGACGCGGCGGAACGCGAGCCCCGCCCGGGUCGGGGGCGCGCAAACCCGCGCUCGGCUCCGCGGAGAGAAAGCCCCCGCGCGCAACAGGCGGGUGAGGGUACUCCCUCUCUGCGGAGUAAUGCGGAGCUGAUGGCGGAGGGGGGAAAGGAUGCGGGGAGCGGGGGAGGGUUAGGGGGAGGCGGGGGAAGGCGGAAGACGGGGGCGAGCGUGGGGGUGGACUAUGGCGGGCGGCGGACAGGCGUGGCAGUGAGCUACAGUGGCUUCGCCCCUCGACCAAUCACGGUGCUGACGACACGGGGCCCUCAACUGGUGGCGGACCUGCUGAAGCUGGCGCGAGAUGAGGGGGCGGACGAGCUGGUGGUGGGGUUGCCAGUGUCGUGGGAUCAAUCCGAGGGCCCACAGGCCGCCACGUGUCGGCAGUUCGCGCAAUCACUGGCUAAACCAGCUGCGGUGCAGGGGGUGAGAGUGUUCCUACAUGACGAGUACAGCACGUCACAAGAUGCUCUCGACCUCAUGAUCCAAUCUGGUCGUGGCAGGAAGGACCGGCAAGAGAUGCUCGAUGCCUUUGCUGCUGCUGUUCUGCUGAGGUCCUACUUCGAGUCCCAGGGGGUCAACGCCACUGCAGUGCUGCCCAAGAGUAAACUGCUCCAACAAAAGCUCUGCUCCCGCCAACACGCUCCCGAUGCCACUGCACAACAAUUCUCUGCCGCGUCCGAAUCCCUGGGAACACCUGACUCCUCUUCUGCAGUUAGAGCCUCUGCACCAACUCAAGAUAAUGCAGCCUCUGCUGCUGCAGGCGUGACUGUCUCUGCAAUGCCAGCGAUAGAGCAAGGGGGCCGUGCUGUCACACCGCACAGAGUCACGUCCAGCAAGAAGGGAGCGGCACGGAGCAGCAAGGAAUCAUCAUGGGUUCACAGUGUGCAGGGAGCAGCAAAUCUUAGUGCACGGAGCAGAGGCAGUGGGGAGAGGAAAUGGCCUCUUGUUAAUAAGCCUCUUGCCACCAGGCAGGUUGUGAAGAGUAGAGAUGACUAUGGUGAUGAUGAGGAUGAUGAUGAUAGUCUGGGGGUGAGAGUGUUCCUACAUGACGAGUACAGCACGUCACAAGAUGCUCUCGACCUCAUGAUCCAAUCUGGUCGUGGCAGGAAGGACCGGCAAGAGAUGCUCGAUGCCUUUGCUGCUGCUGUUCUGCUGAGGUCCUACUUCGAGUCCCAGGGGGUCAACGCCACUGCAGUGCUGCCCAAGAGUAAACUGCUCCAACAAAAGCUCUGCUCCCGCCAACACGCUCCCGAUGCCACUGCACAACAAUUCUCUGCCGCGUCCGAAUCCCUGGGAACACCUGACUCCUCUUCUGCAGUUAGAGCCUCUGCACCAACUCAAGAUAAUGCAGCCUCUGCUGCUGCAGGCGUGACUGUCUCUGCAAUGCCAGCGAUAGAGCAAGGGGGCCGUGCUGUCACACCGCACAGAGUCACGUCCAGCAAGAAGGGAGCGGCACGGAGCAGCAAGGAAUCAUCAUGGGUUCACAGUGUGCAGGGAGCAGCAAAUCUUAGUGCACGGAGCAGAGGCAGUGGGGAGAGGAAAUGGCCUCUUGUUAAUAAGCCUCUUGCCACCAGGCAGGUUGUGAAGAGUAGAGAUGACUAUGGUGAUGAUGAGGAUGAUGAUGAUAGUCUGGGGGUGAGAGUGUUCCUACAUGACGAGUACAGCACGUCACAAGAUGCUCUCGACCUCAUGAUCCAAUCUGGUCGUGGCAGGAAGGACCGGCAAGAGAUGCUCGAUGCCUUUGCUGCUGCUGUUCUGCUGAGGUCCUACUUCGAGUCCCAGGGGGUCAACGCCACUGCAGUGCUGCCCAAGAGUAAACUGCUCCAACAAAAGCUCUGCUCCCGCCAACACGCUCCCGAUGCCACUGCACAACAAUUCUCUGCCGCGUCCGAAUCCCUGGGAACACCUGACUCCUCUUCUGCAGUUAGAGCCUCUGCACCAACUCAAGAUAAUGCAGCCUCUGCUGCUGCAGGCGUGACUGUCUCUGCAAUGCCAGCGAUAGAGCAAGGGGGCCGUGCUGUCACACCGCACAGAGUCACGUCCAGCAAGAAGGGAGCGGCACGGAGCAGCAAGGAAUCAUCAUGGGUUCACAGUGUGCAGGGAGCAGCAAAUCUUAGUGCACGGAGCAGAGGCAGUGGGGAGAGGAAAUGGCCUCUUGUUAAUAAGCCUCUUGCCACCAGGCAGGUUGUGAAGAGUAGAGAUGACUAUGGUGAUGAUGAGGAUGAUGAUGAUAGUCUGUUUGAUGGUGACUGGGAGGCUGCUUUCAAGCUGAAGUAA